CCUACCGUCCACUUGGCCGGAAACUACUGCAGUCCUACUGUGGAGAUCAUUGAGCUCUGAUGGUUCACCGGCAAGAUGUCAUCACAACCUCCGCUUUUUGCGUUCUUGUCUCAUCUGCACAGAUGCGGGCAGACCAGGAAGGUCAACCGUCUGUCUGAGGACUUGGGAUAUAAGCUCACUAGUCAUCCCGUCUUCUUCAAAAAUUCUCUCUCGUUCCCCAUCCUCUUGCAGCUUGUCACAAACUCUCUCCAUAACCCAGCUGAACCCUCUCUCGUAUCCCUGAGCUAUCACGUAACUCGUUCGUUAAGGUUACUCAAGAGACACUCGCACAGCCAAAGCCCUAGUUUCAUCCACCCGUCGUUUCCAAGAAUAUCUCUCGUUGAUUGCUUUGAACACCCAUCCACCCGCAACCAUGCAGUUCAUAACCGCUCUCUUGGCUCUUGCCGCCACCGCCCUCGCUACCGAGGACCACGACCACGGCAAAGACAAGACGAAGACCAUCGUGACAGAAGUCUUGACCACCUACACUACCGUUUGCCCAGUCACCGUCACCAAGCCCGGCCACGGCACUACCCAUUACGAGAUCGUCACUACGACCUCCACUGUAGUUGAGAAGGUCCCAACCACCGUUUACGAGACUCUACCUGGACACACCGACUACGUCACGAAGACUGAAGUCGACUACACCACCUACACGAGCCUAUGCCCUGUCACGGAGACCGUGACUGGCGAUGGGCACACCUACACCAAGACCUACACAACGAUCAGUACGAUCGUCGAGAAGGUUCCCACCAAGGUCUGGGAGACCGUCCCGGGCCCGACGGUGAUUGAGAAGACCAAGGAGAUCGAUUACACGACCAUCACCAAGCUCAUCCCUCAUACAGAGACUUUGACCCAGGACGGACAUACCAUCACCCAGACGUACACCGAGACCCAGACCGUGGUCACAAAGGUGCCGACCAAGGUCUGGGAGACCAUCAGUCUCCCCGACGUCACCAAGACUGAGAAGGAUGUCGAGUACACGACCCUGACCAGCCUCUGUCCUAUCACCGAAACCAAGACUGUCGGCGGAGAGACGGUUGUCGUCACGUGGAUCUCCACGUCAACCAUAGUGAUACAAGUUCCCACCAAGGUCGACGUGUACACCACUGUCAAGACCACUCAGCACCUCUCCACGGAGGUAUACGAGACCGUCACGAAGCCGGUCACCACGUACCAGACGAUCGAGCACGGAGAGACUCACUGGGUGACGGCUACCGGAACCAAGACUAUCACCCUUGAGAAGGUGCACACCAUCACGGAAGUCCUGGUCGAGACCAAGACGCAGCACGUCGAGGUCACCCAGGCGGUCACCGUCGGGGCCGAGGACGUUGUGACCCAGAAGUCCUGGGUCUACAUCACCGUUUCUGGCACAGUUUACGCGACACAGACAAGAGCGCUCAACACCGUCGUCGUGCCCACGACGAGUGCGGUGACGGUUCCUGUCACCACCGUGUCGACCGCUGUCGUCGCAAGCACCGCUCCUGUGGUCGUCCCGCCCAAUGCCGCGGCCGCCCGCAAGGCGCCGGCUGUUGCCGUCUUUGCCGGCAUCUUGGGUGCUAUUGCGCUCCUCUAAGCAUUCGAAUUAUACGUCACAGACCGUUUGCUUUCCGCUCCUUUCAAUCUCUAUGCUUUGGCCUCUCACUAGCCCUCAUCUAAAUUUCUUCCCUUUGGCCUGUUGGCGGGAGUGUCCGGCUCUAAUGAGUGGACUUUCUCCGCAUGGCUUGUACGACAAGCUCAAGUCUACGACGGUAUGGAUAUAACAAUAUACCUAACGACACUCCUUGACGAACAAGUGGAAAAUAAGAGACGCACGGAAGUUACACAAGGCAGCAGA